GGCAGUCUGGAAUCUGCCUGUAGAACACGGGUCUGUUUUCGUGUCAAAUUUUUGCACAAAAUUCACGACGUACGUAGCUGCAUGGACGUUCAACGCAGGUCCAGCAGGCGCAAGCACCUCGGAUCACGCGAGGCAUCCAUAUGCGGCGACCCCUAAAUACGGCUUCUGGACCCUUCGACCCAAUGCAAUCGAACACACCAUGCCCCUGUGGUAUCUUCCGGUUGUCUUAGAUUCCAGCCUUGGGAUGCGGACUUGCAACGAUUCUAUCUCUACUAUCCUCGCUGGUGCCAAGUUGCCUGACUGACUUCGUCGCAAGCAUGCUGCUUGCUGAGGUCGAGUACAGCAGCAAAAUACCGUUGACGAAGGACACAAUUUUUCGUAUCGGUACAACCGCCAUAUGCGCAUACGACUAUGUUCGUACCAUGCCAGCAGAGUACAAGUUUUGGAGGGACAGAGAUCAUCAGAUUCGUGCCAACCUCGUCUUGUUCGUCCUCAUCAGAUACAUCAGUAUGACCCUUGUUAUAGUCAGCAAUGUUGGCUAUUUCGCACUUUCCUUUAGUCCAGAAUCAUGUCGGAGGUAUUAUAUGUUCCCCGUCGCAUUAAAAGUCUUGCAGGCGUGCGUGUGCCAGUUUGUCCUUGGCCUUCGAACGUACAGCAUCUCGAGGCGCUCGGAGCGUGUGAAGAUCUUUCUUAUCAUUUUCACUCUGAUAAUUAUCGCCCUGCAGUGGUUCACUAACUUGUAUGGGAGAGUCGUGCUCCAGGCGAACGGCAAUUGCACUUCUGGGAAUGAACCGACGAAAUUAGUCAACUGGACCUUCUACAUCUGGGCAAUGUUGUAUGAUGUUGUGACUCUUGGCCUUUCGACCUAUUACUUGAUCAGGGUUGGCGGGGCCGGAUUGUCUUCUAUGACUGGUCUGGGUAGGGCCAUGAUUAUGGAUGGACUAGGGUAUAUCGCUAUUCUCACCAUUACGAAUACACUCAACAUCGUUCUAUAUCAUGAAUUGGAGCUAGAAAGCCAAGCUGCUGGGGUAAGUCUGGGUUUCACCUUCACAUGGAUUAUGACACAGAACAUCCUCAUCAAAACACGCAAUGCCGGGAUGCGCUCAUUCAAAUCCCUGCAGCCAUCGGGUGGGCGAAACCCGUACACCGGCAGUAGAUCAGAUGAUCAGACCAGCAUGCCGGUUACUACGCCGCGAGACGUCGAGCUCCAAGUCCAGGUCCAGAUUGAUCAUGACCGCAGAGUAGACCAACCAGGGGUGAAGUGGAGUAUGGAUGAAACCGACCUCAACUCAGAUUUGGGGCAUUAGAAUAUUGGCGCUAAUAGAGGAUCGACUUUCUUUCCUUGGGCCAUUUACGGGCCUACGCCACGAUUGAAAGUCCGCAAUACCACUGUUACAUUUGAAACUGUCAAUGCUCCGAGUCCAUCAUUAUUCGCGGGCAAUAUAUGCCCUAAUACCGCAGAUCCCUGUACACUACCAUAACGAACGAUUACCAUUCUAGUGUUCCCCCUCCGAACAAGAAAAGAAUUCAAGAUCACUUUGGUGCUCUCAUAUAAAAUGCCAAACGC